GAAAUUACUUAAUAUAUAUUUAAAUAAACUUAUAUAUUAUGUCUAAUGGAAGUAGAUAAGAUUGUGUAUGGAAUCGGUGUUGCUAUUGGUGAUGCAACUAUUGCAUCACCAAUAGCAACACAGUAGCACAUUUAAUUAAUACUGGUGUAACUUAUAGAUGUAAAGUCUGGACUCCGCAUUAUCUGAAAACGGAAACUCAGAAACAGAACUGAAACAUAGAGAUUUCGUUUUAACUUGACUCCACUAGAAAUUCACCAUUAGAGUAGUUUACUGACAAUAAGAAUUGAUAUUUUCAUUUAACAGAAUCCUCCAGAAAUUGCAAAGUCCUCUGUAUUGGAAAAGAAGAACACUGGUUACAGGCAGUGAAUUUUGAUAAAUUAUUUUCUGAAGUUUCUAAAAAUGACUUCAAAAGACGAAAAAAGAACUAAAAUCUCUCUUGUAGACACAAAGAAUCAUAUAUUAGAAUCUUACAGUGGCAUUCCUCAUCCUAAGCCAUCUUCAUCAUUUUCUCAACUUCAUUCAAUCAACAAAAGUCUUGGCUUUUUAAGUAUAAAAACAACAUCAAGUAAUAUCUUUCAAAGUAAUUUAAAGCCUCAAUCUUAUGAAUUUACAGAAACUGGAAAAAGAAAACUUAAUACAUAUUUUUCAAGUUCAUGUAAAAACAGAUUUUUGUUAAAUCAAAAUGUUACUAAUCCUUUUCUCUCAAAAGAAGAAACUAGAGAUGAAGAUAAAUACUUUUCUUUAAAAUUUACAUCUAUAAAAAGAAAUUUGUCUCUCACAUCCUUAGAAGAAGAUACACACAACAUUUUCACUCAGAAGUAUCAUUCUUCUAAAAUUCACAAAAAAGAUGAUGAUGAUGAUUAUGAAAUGCCAAAAUAUAAAUUUGAGUCAUUGUGUUUUGAAAAUGUAUCUAAAGAUGAAUUUGUAAAAGAAAUAUUAAUGCUUGAUUUAGUAAAAGAAGAAGAAGAAAAAUUAAAGGUAUGAUAGUUUUUCCAAUUGUAUAUUUUAUAU